GACGCCUGAAGUCAGUCUGAGAGCAGAUUUUCUGCUGUGGGAACGAGCUAGGGAGCCUGUAAUGCUGCUCCUUACUGCUAGGUUCAUAUUCACGUGAACUCGAGGAAGGUUUGCAGUGCUUACUGGAGCUUUUCCUCCUGUGGAUAUGCAUUAAACGCCCCCCCUCCCAUGAAGCAGGAUUAACACAAGAUGCACCUCUACCUGGCUGUAUGAGUCUGGACCUUUUCUUCUGGUUUUACUAAUGCUGUCUGUCCCCUAGGGUUUGACGAAGGGGAAGUUUUUACCUGGAUACAGGCUGCUGGCUGCAAGUAGUUCACAAAGUUUUCACUUUACAUCUGUGACCUAUGACCGUGGGGAUGAAGUACAGAGCAGCGGCUCCUGCAAUCGACGGGAUCCGGAUUACCAUGGAGAGUGCCUUAACAGCCCGAGAUCGGGUUGGUGUCCAGGACUUUGUCCUAUUAGAGAACUUUACCAGCGAAGCUGCAUUCAUAGAAAACCUGCGGAAACGCUUCAAAGAGAAUCUUAUUUAUACGUACAUUGGAUCCGUGUUGGUGUCGGUCAACCCAUACAAAGAGCUGGAGAUAUACAGCAAGCAGCACAUGGAAAGAUAUCGGGGGGUUAGUUUCUAUGAAGUGUCUCCUCAUAUCUACGCCAUUGCAGAUAAUUCUUACCGCUCCCUGCGAACAGAGAGGAAAGACCAGUGUAUACUUAUAUCUGGAGAGAGUGGGGCAGGAAAGACUGAGGCCAGCAAGAAGAUACUUCAGUACUAUGCUGUCACGUGUCCUGCCAGCGAUCAGGUGGAAACUGUGAAAGAUCGGCUUCUGCAGUCUAAUCCUGUUCUAGAGGCAUUUGGCAAUGCAAAAACCUUACGGAAUGAUAAUUCCAGUCGCUUUGGAAAAUAUAUGGAUGUGCAGUUUGAUUAUAAGGGCGCUCCUGUUGGGGGACAUAUCUUGAACUACCUCCUGGAAAAAUCCCGUGUGGUGCAUCAGAAUCACGGGGAGAGGAACUUCCACAUAUUCUACCAGUUGCUGGAGGGUGGGGAGGAGGACCUUCUACGCAGGCUGGGGCUGGACAAGAAUGCCCAAAACUACCAAUACCUGGUCAAGGGCCAGUGUGCCAGAGUCAGCUCAAUCAAUGAUAAAAGUGAAUGGAAAGUUGUUCGACGGGCCUUGUCGGUUAUUAACUUUAAUGACGACGAUGUGGAGGAACUGUUGAGCAUUGUAGCCAGUGUCCUGCAUUUAGGAAAUGUGCAAUUUACCACAGAUGAGCAAGGCCAUGCUCAGGUCACUACAGAAAACCAGAUUAAAUACAUUGCCAGGCUUCUCUCUGUGGACUCUAAUGUACUAAAGGAAUCUCUGAUUCACAAAAAGAUAAUUGCUAAAGGAGAAGAGCUGAACAGCCCCCUGAACCUAGAGCAAGCUGCUUAUGCACGGGAUGCCUUGGCUAAAGCAAUUUAUGGCCGAACGUUCUCUUGGCUUGUCAGCAAGAUUAACAAAUCAUUGACAUACAAGGGCGGAGACAUGCACAGUCUGGGGAAUGCAUCGCUCAUAGGACUUCUGGAUAUAUAUGGCUUUGAAGUAUUCCAGCAUAACAGCUUUGAACAAUUUUGCAUUAAUUAUUGCAACGAGAAACUGCAGCAAUUGUUUAUCGAGCUGACUCUGAAGUCUGAGCAGGAUGAGUAUGAAUCCGAAGGGAUUGCGUGGGAACCCGUCCAGUAUUUUAAUAACAAAAUAAUCUGUGAUCUGGUUGAAGAAAAGUUCAAAGGCAUAAUUUCAAUUCUGGAUGAGGAAUGCUUGCGCCCUGGAGAAGCCACAGAUAUGACAUUCCUUGAAAAGUUGGAAGACACUGUGAAAAACCACCCACACUUUGUUACUCACAAACUUGGAGAUCAGAAAACCCGGAAAUCUCUUGGGAGAGAUGAGUUUCGCCUGCAGCACUUUGCUGGAGAAGUGAAUUACAGUGUAAUAGGAUUUUUGGAUAAGAAUAAUGAUCUGCUGUUUCGCAAUCUGAAAGAAGUUAUGUGUGACUCUGGAAAUCCAAUCGUUCAUCAGUGCUUUGAUAGAUCUGAACUGACGGACAAGAAAAGGCCAGAGACGGCAGCUACACAGUUUAAAAACAGUUUAUCGAAGCUGAUGGAGAUUCUUAUGUCCAAGGAGCCUUCCUAUGUGCGUUGCAUGAAGCCUAAUGAUGCCAAACAGGCAGCUCGUUUUGAUGAGGUCCUCAUAAGGCACCAGGUUAAAUACUUGGGGCUUAUUGAGAAUGUGCGAGUACGUCGUGCUGGAUUUGCUUACCGGCGAAAAUACGAGAUCUUCUUACAAAGGUACAAAUCUCUCUGUCCGGACACCUGGCCGAACUGGGAUGGACGAGUGAUGGAUGGUGUUUCUGUUCUGGUCAAGAGUCUAGGAUAUAAGCCAGAAGAAUAUAAAAUGGGCAGGACAAAAAUCUUUAUUCGCUUCCCCAAGACUCUCUUUGCAACAGAGGAUGCCUUGGAAGUGAGGAAGCAGAGCAUAGCAACCUUUCUCCAGGCCAGAUGGAAAGGCUACCAUCAGCGCCAGAAAUUCCUACACUUGAAACAUUCCGCUGUACACAUCCAGUCUUGGUGGCGUGGAACAGUGGGCCGUCGAAAAGCUGCUAAGAGGAAAUGGGCAGUGGAUGUUGUUCGACGGUUCAUCAAAGGCUUUAUUUACCGCAAUUAUCCUCGCUGCCCAGAGAAUGAGUACUUCCUGGACUACUUACGCUACUCAUUCCUGAUGAACCUCCACCGCAAUAUGCCAAAGAAUGUGUUGGACAAGUCUUGGCCUGUGCCACCCCCAUCCCUUAGGGAGGCCUCAGAACUCCUGAGAGAGAUGUGCAUGAACAACAUGGUGUGGAAGUAUUGCAGGAGGAUCAGCCCUGAGUGGAAACAACAGCUAGAACAAAAAGUUGUUGCAAGUGAAAUAUUCAAGGACAAAAAAGACAAUUAUCCACAGAGCGUUCCAAGACUAUUCAUAAACACUCGACUUGGCAAUGAUGAGAUCAACACUAAAAUACUUCAACAGCUGGAAAACCAGGCAUUAACGUAUGCUGUGCCUGUGGUGAAGUAUGACCGAAAGGGAUACAAGCCAAGGAGGAGACAGCUGUUACUUACUCAAAGUGCAGCUUAUCUUGUGGAGGAAGCCAAAAUGAAGCAGAGAAUUGACUAUGCCAACAUGACCGGUAUCUCCGUCAGCAGCCUGAGUGACAACCUCUUUGUCCUCCAUGUUAAAUGUGAAGACAACAAACAAAAGGGAGAUGUGGUGCUACAGAGUGAUCAUGUGAUUGAAACACUGACAAAAAUUGCCAUAGCUGCUGAAAAAAUCAACAACAUCAACAUUAUUCAGGGCAGCAUCAAGUUUACGGUGGGUCAGGGUAAAGAGGGUAUCAUCGACUUUACACCAGGCUCUGAGUUACUGAUAGCCAAAGCCAAAAAUGGACACUUGUCUGUGGUUGCUCCACGGUUGAAUUCACGAUGAUGAAAAGUGCGUUGUCAUAGGAAUCUACUGCAACCAACCGGACGGCUUUACAUGAUGCAUCUUAUUCACCCACUUGUUGGACAAUACCUCCUUAUCUAACUCUGCUUUUCUAUUUUAUAGUUACCAAAGACCUGCGCUGCUUAAAAACAAAGGAAAUACAUCAUUUUAUAUAUUUGUGAAAGUCAAAUAUUUUAUUUUUUAACUUGCUUUUGCACAGGCUUCCCCAUUAGUAACUUCAUGCAUUACACAUUCUCUUUGCACAAGGCAUAACGGGGUUGCCCUAUAAAUAUAAAGGAGGAUGGCAUAACAGGAGACUUUACCCUAAUAUGUUACUGCUGCCAGGGAUGCCUUUACCACUUUGCAGACUUAUUGGGCUGGGGAAGGGUUUCAGUCGUAGAUUUCAGAGCACCAAGUUUCAAGUCUGCACUCAUAAAAAUAUAUAUAUUUAUGCAAUCUUCCAUAUAAGAAAGUUGAGGAAUAGUAGGCAAAUUGUAUAGCUUUUAUUCUACUAAAUGUACUGUAUAAAAAAAACUCUGUAAAAAAGGAAAAGAAAGAGAAAAAGCCUUACAACGUAAUUGUAUUGUAUAAAACAGAUAAAUCAAAAGCCAUAUGUAACUGAGUGGACGUAAACUUUGUAGUACAUGAACAAAAAACCCAAACCCCCCUAGAUGGUGACCUGUCUAUUGGAAGAGUUCAUUUGUUUUGAAACUGUACUAAAUUUUAAGAUGUGCAAUAAAAAAUAUAUAUAUAUAUAUAUAUAUAUAUAUAUAUAUUAUUUUUCUCCCUAGCACAGGGCUCCUUGACUAACAUUUAUGUUUUCUUUAUACAAAUAAAGAACUCUGAUACUACUUUAGCCAGAGCUAGGGUCACGUUGACUGCAUUUUAACAAUUUUACUGUAAGACGCUGAUGUAUUAACAUGGUCACAUUUGGCAGAUUAGCAAUAACAAUUUUGUAAAGUGUACUAGUCAGCUACAGAAAGUGGCGGAGGCCAUCCUACAUAAACCAUGUACUGUCAGAAUCCAGGCUAGGAACAAGUCACCUGACUUGGGGGUCUAUUUACUAAGCCUUGGAUGGAGAUAAAGUACCAGCCAAUCGGCUCCUAACUCAUUCACAGGCUGUGUUUGAAAAAUGACAGGAGCCGAUAUGCUGGUACUUUAUCUCCAGCGACUUUCUCUCCAUCCAAGGCUUAGUAAAUAGACCCCUUGGUCACGUGACACUGCUUCUAUGGUGUGUGGGAUACUGGUAUACUAUAAUACAAAAGAAAAAUGAAAGUGAGGAGAAAUGUAAAGAUGGAAGUGCUAAAAUUAUCUGCAUAGAAGGGACCCUAAAAACUGCAAAAUGUCGUACCAGUUCCAGCCAUAGACCCAUCAUUAAUGCUCCAUCUUACCAUGUGUUAACCGCACUCAAGGUCUUAAGUUUCUUUUUUAUUUUCCUAUUUCAGUGGAAUGUGUGUGUGGGUCUCUUUACAUCUGUGGCCCCUAUUGAUAGACCAAAUUGCAACACGUGUAAUUGUUUAGUUGUACCAAAGCAUUUGAGACCAUUUUCCUUUUACCUUAUGAUGCAUCGACCAACAGCAUUUUUUACUUUUCAUGCAUAGUUUGUGUAUGCUUUGAUGUUUAAUGUUUUAUUCUUUGGCUCUUGACAACCCGUUGUAUAGUCUUCGUGUCACAAACUUUAUAAUGCACUGCCAUGUCCUUAAAAGGAAAACCACGAAUUCAAACUAUUGCAAUGUUAAAUCGUUUACGUUCUCAAAACACUUUAUUUUUAACAACCUUUUAACCUGUUUAAACUCAACUUUUUUUAUUAUUCUAUUUCACCUAAUGUUUAAAUUGGACACUACAGAUGGGUGGCACGCUUCUUUUGUCUCUGAAACCUUUUAAGUCAAAAUAUGACGUGUAAAAGUGUACCCAUCACCUACAUGCAGAAGAACCAAUCAUUUUCUGUGCAGAAUGAAUACAAAGAUAUCAAUUCACUGGGAACUAGUGACAUCCAAGGUAUGAAGCAUCUCAUUGAUGUCAUUAAUUACUAUUGAAUUGAUGAGCUGCAGUCUUAUGACUUGGCUCACCUUAUAGCUGUGCUUUUGUGUGUAGGUGACCGGUAGGUACUCUGUACUAGUGUGGUUACCACCUGGCUUACUGUUUUUCUGCCUUAGGUGUACGGAGUGAGAGAAAAAUGCUAUAGCCAAUGAUUGCAUCUGUGCCUUUCCACCAAUAAAUCUGCUGUUAAUUAACAA